GUUUUGUUGGCAAGGCCAGCCAGCCACUCUUUUCAUCUCCACUUCUCUUAAUCAAUAACAUUCAUAAUACUACUAUUUCUUCUUUAUAUAUUUCUUCUACUUCAAUCAAUCUCUUUCAAGUUUCACCAUAAUAAUAUUGCUUCUGUACUCUUGGCUUUUAUUAUCCUUUUUAUAAACUUAACGAUCAAAAAAAGAAAGAAAGAAAGAAAUGGCGGCUUGUUUGGUUUCUCGGUCAGGAAGAGAGUUGCAGAGAUAUGAUAAUCAGGGCCGUCGCCAAGUUGUAGGAUGCAUUCCUUAUAGAUACAAGAAUUGUAGUGAUGGCUUAAUUGGGGAUGAAGUAGAAGUUCUUGUCAUCACUUCACAGAAAGGUCAAGGAAUGAUGUUUCCCAAGGGUGGUUGGGAGCUUGAUGAAUCUGUAGAAGAAGCAGCUUCUAGAGAGUCUCUUGAAGAGGCUGGAGUUCUUGGACAUGUUGAGGAUGAACUGGGCAAAUGGAACUUUUUAAGCAAAAGGCAUGGCACAUUUUAUGAAGGGUAUAUGUUCCCUUUGUUAGUCACUGAGCAACUUGAUUUCUGGCCUGAGAAAGAUCUCCGGCAAAGAAUUUGGAUGACUGUGGAGGAAGCAAGAGAUGUUUGUAGGCAUUGGUGGAUGAAAGAAGCUUUAGACAUAUUAGUUGAGAGGCUAACAUCUAUUCAAAUGCAACAACCAAAGGAGGAAGACAAUGUAUUAUCAUGCUCACUAAGCUAGCUAAGGGAAAGAAUAUUGAGAUUUAAAUUAUUUCUUUGUACAUAAUAACAUGUUGCUUCUCUAAAGAUCUAGUUAGGGCAAGCUGUAUGGAUCCAAGGCUGAUAGUUGUAGAAAAAUAGAGAAUCAAUUAAUCAUUGUUCUUUUUGCUGCUAAAUUAUGAUUUUUUUUUUUUGCCUUUUUUUUUUUCCUUUUGAAUUUUCCACAACUACCUCCACACCCUUUUCGAGUAUAAGAUUAAGAUUAAUCUUAUUUUA